UUAUAAAAUAUAUUUUAUUAAUAUAUAUGAAGUAUUUAUACGUCCCGCCUGGUUAACAAGUUAAUACAGUUAAAGUAGUCAUAAGAGGUAUGAUUAACUUCUGUAUGUAACAAAACAUGCUUCCUAAGAUUUGUAGAUGAAACAUUGAAAGAGAAAAGGUUUAUGAUAUCUGGACAAUUGUUAAAACUUCUUAAAAUUUGACAAAAGAAAAACAUUGCUUUUGAUAUCAUCCUUCUUUUAUUCAACGUAGACAACACAGCAUAUUCUCAUACAACUGAGAAUAUCAUCAUAGUUAUGAUUAUAAUAUUAAUGAGACAUUAUAAUAUGAUAUCCAGUGAAAGUAUUAUUCUUGCAACGAUACUCGAAAGUCAUUGGAAUACAAAAGUGUGUUUGAUUUAUAUUCGUAAGAAGAAAAAUGUUCAAGUUUCGUUCGAUGAAGUGUAUGACGUGCGAUAUCUCACGUAAGCGAAAGACGAUCGCUAGCAAACGUUUAGGUAGUCGUGUUCUUGACGUCACGAUCUAGUGAUCUCACCAUGAAGAACGGAGGAUGUUGUGGAUCGAUGAAGAAAAGAACAAUUGUCGGCGGCUACGUUUUCACUUGGUGGUUCGUCACAGAUGUCCAACGAUUGUCCCUCGAAGUGAUGACCCUAAAUCCAGUUUGCGAGAAUGUCGAGACUGCCCAAGGUGUACCAUUGACCGUCACUGGAGUGGCCCAAUGCAAAAUCAUGAAAGCCGAUGAACUUUUGCAUACUGCCAGUGAACAAUUUCUCGGAAAGAGUGUCCAUGAAAUAAAAUCAACGAUAUUGUCAACACUUGAAGGCCAUUUACGUGCAAUUUUAGGCACGCUCUCAGUUGAGGAAGUUUACAAAGAUCGUGAUCAAUUUGCUGCACUUGUAAGAGAAGUUGCAGCACCUGAUGUUGGUCGUAUGGGCAUAGAGAUUCUCUCAUUCACGAUAAAGGACGUUUACGAUGAUGUUCAAUAUUUGGCAUCACUCGGAAAAGCUCAGACAGCAGCAGUUAAACGUGAUGCAGAUGUUGGUGUUGCUGAGGCCAAUCGUGAUGCUGGCAUACGCGAAGCCGAGUGCGAGAAAGCGGCGAUGGACAUAAAGUACAACACCGACACAAAGAUCGAAGAUAACGCGAGGCUCUUCCAAUUGCAAAAGGCUAAUUUCGACCAGGAAGUCAACACUGCUAAAGCAGAAGCACAGCUCGCAUACGAACUACAAGCCGCGAAGAUAAGGCAACGAAUACGAAACGAAGAGAUACAGAUAGAAAUCGUAGAGAGGCGUAAACAAAUCGAAGUAGAGGAACAAGAGGUACGCCGAAAAGAACACGAACUUCAGAGUACUGUACGAUUACCAGCCGAAGCAGAACAUUAUAAAAUUGGAAAAGUGGCUGAAGGAAAAAGAACGCAAACGGUGAGCGCAGCGAAAGCCGAAGCCGAGAGGAUUCGAUUAAUUGGAGAAGCUGAGGCUCAAGCUUUGGAAGCCGUUGGAAUAUCGGAAGCUGAGCGUAUGCGAAUGAAAGCUACAGUCUACAAGAAAUAUGGCGAAGCGGCGAUACUCAAUAUUGCAUUGAAUGCAUUGCCAAAGAUCGCUGCCGAGGUUGCAGCACCCUUAGCAAGAACGGAAGAAAUCGUUCUGUUAGGUGGAAACGAUGCAACGAGUGGUGAAAUAGCUCGCUUAGUGGGUCAAGUACCACCAGCGGUUCAAGCGUUGACAGGUGUCGAUCUAUCGAAGGUUUUAGGAAAAGUACCAGGGGCAAAGUAAGAAUUUCUGUAUGAAGCAAGAUCGCACUGAUCAGGCGAAUAAUCAAUUCGCUAGAAUUUCUUCAUCUUGAAGCAAAAUCUAUACUGCCAGACUUCUCUGCUAAAUUUCAUUAUUUACCUACGAUAUUUCACUUUUUCCUGUUUCCCCGAAUCACUCUACCUCACGUUCAAAUGGAACGAAAUCUAAUAAAAAGAGAAAGAAAGAAAGAAAAAGAGAGAAAGAGUAAAAUAAAUAAAUAAAUAAAAAAAAACAAAGAGAAAGAAAAAAAGUAGAUUUCAAUUUAUGUUCUAUACAGAUUCGUUAGAUAUUAAAAAUCGAUCUUAUCAUCGACAAAUGUAAUUUGAUUUUUAGUAAACAGUAAGCAUUCAACGCACAGUUACAAUACUUUUGUUCUCUUCUUCUUUUUAUUCUUAAUCUUAUUUUGUUCCAUUUUUUUAUAUUAUUUCAAAGUGAAAAACGUUCUGUAUUAUUCCUCUUAUUACAUAGAAAUCCGACACAUUCAAUCAUACUCGCAUAUCUCGCGUUUCUUCCUUUCGCAAAGAAGACAAAUCGAAUUGUUUUGUCAAUUUCAUAACAAAAAAUAUACGCACGUGUAUAUGUAAGUAUAUAUACCAAUUUAGACUUAGACAAAUUUUCAAAAGUGAUCGAUCAAAAUUUAUAAACGUCGUUAAUAAUUUCUAGACGAUUUAACGACGAAACACUAAAAAAAAAAAAACCAAAAAAAAAAUACAUGCCAAAACGUGGCAUGAUGAAAAAUCUAUUCUUAUUCGCCUUUGAAAUAUUUAGUAAUUAAAAUUGACUAGCCAUUAAUAUUACGUAGGAAUCAAACGUAACGCCAUUAAGUUUACUAAUCUAUUGUGAUUGAAAUUUUCGAUCAUUGUGUUCAAUCUAUGGUAUAUGAAUAAAAUUAAACAAAAAUAAAGAGAAAGGAGAAAGAGAAAGCGUAGAAACGCGUAUGGGAUUAGGUCGGAACUUUUCUUAGACAUUUGUAUAUAUUUUAAGUAAUCUUAUGCAUGUAUAUACAUGCGUAUAAAGUAAUUCAUUUAAAAUAAAUAAUUGCAGAUAAACCAAAAAUAAAUAUCUUUAAAACUUUAACUAACGGACAAGAAUAAACAAUGAAUGGAGAGAAAACAAUUAAACAGAGAGAAAGAGAGAGAGGAAAUAAAAGAAUAGAAAUAACUUCAAUUUCUCAAUAAUUAUUAGAUUUCAGUCAUGUAAGUGAUUCUUAUCUCGUAAGAUACAUGACUUUAAAUGAAAAAAAAAAAAAAAAAAAACUGUGUACGAUAAUAUAAAACGGGACUCUCCAUUUUCAAAAGAGAAGAUUCUUAUUCUAAAUCCAUCACGUUAUAAUAACAUCCAUUUGCAUACUCUUGAUAUUUUCUACGUAUCGGAACUGAAACAGUUUUUUCAAAUGGAUAACGUAUUAUUCCAAAUAGAAAAAUAUUAAUCUGUAUGUAUAUACUAUACUAAUCUCAAACAAGAAAAAAGAUCAUCAGUAAUACACUGAUCAAAAACUAGGAUCUGAUAUUUUUCACACACACAAAAAAAGAAA